AUGAACACGAAACACUUGAGCACCGGAUCGGUACCUCCGCCACUUGUACCUGGGAAAAUACGUAUGUACAGCAUGCGUUUCUGUCCUUACGCACAAAGGGUACUUCUCGUAUUGGACGCAAAACGAAUACCGUACGAUGUAGUAAAUGUAAAUUUGAAGCACAAGCCGGACUGGUUGAUCGAGAAAAAUCCACUGGAAAAUAUACCGUGCAUCGAGUUGGAGGGAGGAGAGACGCUUUAUCAGAGCCUAAUCAUUGUCGAUUACUUAGAUGAGGCCUAUCCUCAAAAUAAACUGUAUCCAAGCCAGCCUCUGGCGAAAGCCAAAGAUAAGUUACUGAUUGACAGAUUUAAUGAGGUGAUAACAAUAAUGUACAAGUUAUAUCAAACACCAAUGCUGGAGCAAGAGCUGUUCAAUGAGGCACUGGCUGGCUUAGAGCUCUACGAGCGGGAGUUAGCUAAGAGAGGAACAGCUUUUUUCGGUGGGAGCAAGCCUGGAAUGUUGGAUUUUAUGAUAUGGCCAUGGUGUGAGAGGGCCGACGCAAUGAGAAUUCUACAGGGGGAACAGUUUGUCAUACCUCGAGACCGUUUCCUGCGACUGCUCGAAUGGAGAGCCGCUAUGAAGGAAGAUUCCGUGGUGUGUGGCAGCUUCCUGGAACCUGAGAUACACGCAAAGUACAUGCGCAGUCGCCUAGCUGGUGUACCACAGUACGACCUGAUAGCUAACAAUUAAGGGCAGAGUACAAUCUAAAUUCCAUUCCACUUGAAUGUGUACUAAACUUGAAUGAUACGAAUAUUCCUUUAUAUAUUGUCAGUGGUCCAAACACACACACACACAGCAGACUUUAUUCUAUACAAGUGUACAAGUGUGCGUACAGUGAUCAUAUUUACAUUUAUAGAAACAGAGAAAUUUAUGUUUAUAUAACAUCUAAGAUAUAAUGAACUAGUCUGUAUAGAUAUGAGAAGCAUUUAAUUUAAUUGUUGUCGACUAAUAUAUGAAAAUAAAAAAAAUUGCUUUUGCAAGAAAAAGACAUGCACCUGAUUGUCUUAUCAUGAUCAGAUAUGUAUAAUUAUAAAUGUAUAUAUGGCAGGGGGGA